CCCUGCUCUGUCCGUCGCGCGCUAUGCUGCUGUGGCGGCGCUUGGCGGCCCUGAGGGGCGAACGAGCCCCGCGGCGGUUCCGAGCGGGGGGACCGGGACCGGGAUCGGGAUCGGAAUCGGGAUCGGGAUCGGGAUCGGGAUCGGGGCGAGCCAUCGAUGGCGGCGGUGCUCCUCGGCCGCUUUACAUGGAUGUCCAGGCCACCACCCCGCUGGAUCCCAGAGUCCUGGACAGCAUGCUCCCAUACCUGACAGCCUACUAUGGCAACCCCCACUCCAGGACCCACGCCUAUGGCUGGGAAAGUGAGGCUGCCAUGGAGAAAGCGAGGCGGCAAGUUGCAGAUUUAAUAGGAGCUGAUUCACGGGAAAUUAUAUUUACCAGUGGUGCAACAGAGUCCAAUAAUAUGGCAAUUAAGGGUGUUGCAAGGUUCUAUAAAUCCAGAAAAAAGCAUAUCAUUACUACGCAAACAGAGCACAAGUGUGUGUUGGAUUCUUGUCGUUCCCUGGAAACAGAAGGUUUUCACAUCACAUAUCUACCUGUUAAAAAAAAUGGGCUCAUAGACCUGAAGGAGCUGGAGGCUGCAUUCCAGCCCGAUACAAGUUUGGUCUCUGUAAUGACUGUAAAUAAUGAAAUAGGAGUAAAGCAGCCAAUACAUGACAUUGGUGAGAUCUGCCGUGCACAUAAGGUUUUCUUCCACACGGAUGCUGCACAAGCGAUUGGUAAAAUUCCUAUGGACGUCAACAACAUGAAAAUUGACUUAAUGAGCAUCAGUGGCCAUAAAAUUUAUGGGCCCAAAGGGGUUGGUGCUCUCUAUGUUCGCCGUCGACCACGUGUCAGGCUAGAGCCCCUGCAGAGUGGGGGAGGCCAGGAGAGAGGACUGCGGUCUGGGACUGUGCCCACACCUCUAGCAGUGGGACUGGGGGCAGCAUGUGAAGUGGCACAGCAGGAGAUGGAGUAUGACCAUAAGCGAAUCUCACAAUUGGCAGAACGAUUGGUUACAAAAAUAAUGAGUGAAGUUCCUGAUGUGGUGAUGAAUGGAGAUCAAAAGCAUCGCUAUCCAGGAUGCAUCAAUUUAUCUUUUGCAUAUGUGGAAGGGGAGAGUCUUCUGAUGGCUCUGAAAGAUGUGGCUCUGUCUUCAGGAAGUGCUUGCACAUCAGCUUCUCUGGAGCCUUCCUAUGUUUUGCGGGCAAUCGGAACAGAUGAAGACUUGGCUCACUCAUCUAUAAGGUUUGGCAUCGGUCGUUUCACUACAGAAGAAGAAGUGGAUUAUACAGUGCAGAAGUGCAUACAGCAUGUGAAGAGGCUGAGGGAAAUGAGCCCUCUCUGGGAAAUGGUGCAGGAUGGAAUUGACCUCAAAAGCAUUAAAUGGACUCAGCACUGAGAAAACAUUGCUAUCCAUGGACUAGAUAUGGAUUAAAAUGCAUUUUUCUGCACAGUCUUAAGCAAAUUACGCAGCACUUCUGUUUUCUGACACUUGCAGUUUGACUGGAGAACUACCUUUUCAGACCACAAAAUCUAAGAAGCCAAAAAUAAAACUAGUUUUUAACAUGGAGAAAGGCAGGCUGAUCCAACACACACUGUGCUUCUGCUGACACACAGAAAUUUAUGCUAAAAUGUAAUUUAUUCAGAAAUGAAUUUUCUAAUGAGAAAAUUAAAUCAGUGUGUUACUCCUAGGCCAGUGAAUUCUGGCAAGAGGUUGCUUCUCGGUGUAAUUCAUCUCAAGUCACUGUUGUGUUUGCAUCACAGACCUGUUGCAAAUUUGUUCUGUUUGAGGUAGGUAUCCUGCAACAUCAGCUGGGUUUUGCCUCUCAAAUGCCUUGUACUGCAAGACAUUCUCAGUUAGGAGGACACUUAGAUCUCUAGAGGAAAGUGAUGCCUCAGUGUGGCUAUGUGCCUUCACAGAUAAGUUUUAUGUAUAGUUAAGAACAAUUUUUUUCUGAAAUUUAGUAUUUUUCACCUAUUUUCCUUGGUUUCUUUGUGUGUGCAUCUUUUUUUUGUGUGUGUGCAUUAAUUCAAAAGAUUUUUCUGUGUUCCAAAGUUUAUGAUACAAUCAUGAUGCACUUUGCUGUCCCCUCCAUUGGUUUUUUUCCAUGCAAUGUUUUCUUAGUGAAGUUAGAAAACUUGAAUGACUGGGGGAGGGGAUAGUCAGAAUAUGUCAGCUUUGGUAGCAGUACCAGUUUGGUGGGAGCAUGAGUGGUAGAGGUGGUGGAGAGAACAGAUACAGUGCCGGCCUACAGAUACUGUCUUAAGGCAGUCUGGGGUUUUGGGGUUUUUCUCCCUCCCCUUGUCAUGAGAUCUUUGCUCUUACUUGGUUUGCCUAUGGGCCCUUCGUUUCUGUCACUGCAAGGAGUCUGCGCAGCUCAGCCAGUAUAUUUUGACUGGACAUAAGGAAGAUAAGAACACCUGGCACUGAAGUUUUCUUUGUCUCACAGACAGUACAGUCUGACUAGAGAUUCACAUGGGAAUCCAUUCCCUGCACGUGCUGUGGGAAGUAUCUGUUAAAAAGGGUUUGAUGAGAUUAAUUUGUAUCAGUGUUUCUCCUUUCUUCCCUUUGGUGAUCUUUCCAGUAAGAAACCGAACCCUGUAUGGCAAAGUGCCUUUUUUUCAAUGCAUAAACAAAGAGCUCUCAAAUUAGUUGUGUUGAUUGAUGGAUGCUGUGUGAGCUGCUGAAUUUGGUAUACCCCAUAGACAACAUGUUCACCUUCAGUAUGGGAUGGAAUCUACCUCGAGGAUCAACUGUGUUGUGUAAAACCUGAAGCUGAAUCUCACAAGAUGGACUGUGUUAACAGAAGCUUGUGCAUUUUUUGUAACUAAGGACAGAUUUAGCUGUUUGUAAUGCAAAGCUAAUCCUUGGUUGUUCUAUUCGAAAUUAUGAGCUUUGGCAGUUUUAAUAUUGUAGUGCUGGCACCUUAUAUUUCAUCACAAUAUUUUUUAAAAUACCAUAUGCAUAAAUACAUUUUAGUGGUGUUGUAUGUACUCUUUUUCAUCCUUGGGCCCCACAUAUUUUCUGGAUUAAGCAUGUGAUAACAUGCUUUCCUAGCAUGUUUUAGAAAUAUAUGUUUAUGAAUUGUUCUUUGUGUUUUGAGAGUGAUAAAAAAUUACACAUAAGAAUUAAA